GGUGACGGCGAGUGAUACGGUCAUUCGGUAGGGUUGGUCAAAUGGAUGGCUGUGGUUGUUGUGCACCGUGCGAAAAGUUUGCAGUUUUCAACGCAAUCCGGUUUACAGCGGGACCUGCGGCGACGACAACCUAGGCGAUACGCUCACGGCGGCGGCGCUAUUGCUGGGCGAAAGGUUCUUCGUGCCUGUGCCAGCGCAAAAGGCACGCCGGAUUGGAGUGGAAAACGAAGAUGCAACGCGAAACCAGCAAGGUAACACUAGAAUCUCGCAACUACGUGAUAGCUGCAACGAUGGACCGUACAACAGAUAUUUCGGUUGCGAAAUAACGUGCUACCCGGCAAACGAAGCUAGUUGAGCUGCGUCGUCGAAUGCCUAUCGUGUGUGUGCGAAUCGAUGUAAUCGAUUUAUCCGACACCAGCAGCAGCAGAAUAGUCAUAGCAAAGUCGCCAUGAGACGGAAUGUGAAAGUAUUUGGUCUCAUCUCCAUCACCUGGAUCGUGGUGGUCAUCUACUACUUCCAGGGUGACUACUAUCACAACGACGGCAACCGAGCUUUGCGUUUGCGCAGCAGCAGCACAGCAAAUCAGCUGAGCAAUCAGUACAGCCACAACGGUGGCCGCCUGCAGCACGGCAUGGCACUGACGCAUCGUGACAACGAACAUCUGCGCCAAUCGAAAAAUGGCGAAAGCAGCAGCUUGCGAAUGAGCAGCAGUAGUAGCAUCAGUCUCCUUAGCAGUAGUAGCAAUAGCAAUAGCGUACUUAGUUAUAAAUCACCACCCCUGACAUGGGACUAUUUUGACGAGGCGAGCUACAUCCAGAAGGGAGGCCUACAGCGAGGCGAGGAUCCGUAUCUGCGAAAUCGGUUUAAUCAGCAGGCGAGCGACGGGCUAAAGAGUAACCGCGAGCUGCCCGAUACGCGCAACGCCAUGUGUCGCCGGGCGGUCUGGUCAUCCGCCGCUAGUAUCGAGUCGCUGCCAGCGACGAGCAUCAUUAUUACGUUCCACAACGAAGCGCGUAGUACGCUGCUGCGGACCGUGGUUAGUGUGCUGAACCGCUCGCCAGAACGUCUCAUCCAUGAGAUCAUUCUUGUCGACGACUUUUCCGACUUCCCCGAGGACGGUCAGGAGCUGGCGAAGAUUCAGAAGGUGCGCCUGAUUCGUAACCCCAAACGUGAGGGCUUAGUGCGUUCGCGUGUUACCGGUGCGGCUGCGGCCACCGCCAAGGUGCUCACCUUUUUGGACAGUCACUGUGAGUGCAAUGUGCACUGGCUCGAACCGCUGCUGGCACGGGUAGCCGAAGAUCCGACACGCGUCGUCUGCCCCGUGAUUGACGUGAUUAGCAUGGAUACGUUUCAGUAUAUCGGAGCGUCGGCCGAUUUGCGCGGUGGGUUCGACUGGAAUCUCGUGUUCAAGUGGGAGUAUCUGAGCGGGGCGGAAAGAAAGGAGCGACAGCGUGAUCCGACCGCCCCAAUCCGUACGCCGAUGAUCGCUGGAGGAUUGUUUGUGAUUGAUCGAGCAUACUUUGAGCGGCUGGGCACCUAUGACACCCAGAUGGACAUCUGGGGCGGCGAGAACCUAGAGAUUAGCUUCCGCGUAUGGCAGUGUGGUGGAUCACUGGAGAUCAUCCCAUGCAGUCGCGUCGGCCAUGUGUUUCGGAAACGCCAUCCGUACACGUUUCCGGGCGGAGGAAGCGGCAAUAUAUUCGCGAAAAACACUCGCCGCGCAGCCGAAGUUUGGAUGGACGAGUACAAACGGUAUUACUACGCGGCCGUACCACUGGCGACGAACAUUCCCUUCGGUGACAUCGAGGAUCGGUUGCGGUUGCGUAGUGAGCUCCAGUGCAAACCUUUCCGCUGGUACCUGGAGCACGUUUAUCCGCAACUCAGCAUUCCCGAGAGACGCAACAACGGCAGCUUGCGACAGGGUGCCCUCUGUCUGGACAGUUUAGGCAACAUGGCAGGAGCGAUUGUCGGUCUGUACAGCUGCCACGGUAACGGGGGCAACCAGAACUGGGUGCUGAAUCGAAAAAGCGAAGUGAAACAUCACGAUCUCUGCUUGACGCUGGUCAAAUUUGCCAUCAACGCGCGCUACAACAGUGUCCUAAUGAAGUACUGUGACGGCUCGGAGAACCAGCAGUGGCACCUAAAGGACGGUGGGUUGAUCCAGCACCGGAAGAUUAACGUGUGUCUCGAUUCGCGCCACAUGAAGGAGCGUGGAAUCACGGCUGAACGGUGCAAUUCGGCACUCGAAACGCAGCGCUGGAAGGUAGUCGCAGAGUCUUAGGAAGCUCGGGAACAAACCGAGGUUGGGGGCGAAUGUGGUGAAUCCUUCAACGUCUCUUCCAUUCGGUGGCGUAGAGUAAACGAAGAUGUAAUCUGUGUUCUUUGUUGUUAUAUGCAUACAUUCUAUUUAAAAAAUUACAACCGAUUCCCGAUUCAAUGGUAUUAGAUAGUACGAAACGUAGCAUUGUGAAACACAAAUCAACCUGAAUGGUAGAGAUUGAGCAUGAGAAGGCAGUUGAUUUUUUUCAUUAACAUCACAGCCUCAUACCGUAAAUAUACAACCACACCAACCCAAUUUGAGGAACAUCCCGGUAAAAAUAAAAAGAAAAUCGAGAGAAGCACACGAAAGAUCGAGCAACUCUUGAUGUGCAAGCAAGAAAACCAUGUUUCUUUCAUUGUAUUCCUUCCGUG